AUGAACGCCUGCUUUUCGGCAGCCACGACGCAGCUCUCCUUGUACUGGAAUGCAGAUGAUAAUGUGGAAGACAUCCGACGAUACACAGCUGGGGGGUUUCAUCCCAUUCGCCUCGGCGAUGUCCUGUCUCCUCCUCUGAGCAACUCAGACUUGAGUCCCGCACGACAAUACCGCAUCCUACACAAGCUCGGCCACGGCGCGUUUGCGACAGUAUGGCUGGCCGAGGCACUCCAUGCACCGUCGCAACGUUAUGUCGCGCUCAAGAUCUGCGCCGCCGAGGCCGAUUCACGGCACGAGCUCGAUACGUACAACCGCAUCCCGGCCGGCGACGAGAUGCAGAAUGUGCUACGGCUGCGCUACAGCUUCUCGCUGCAGGGCCCCAAUGGUGUGCACACGGUCCUUGUGCACGAUGUGCUCGGGAACCUCCUUGACGCUGUGAACGCGCCUGGGGGGCGUAAGCACGCUCGGAUGCUCUGUCGCCAGAUCGCGUGUGGGCUCACGGCGCUGCAUCGGCAUGGGAUCGUGCAUGGAGAUCUCCACUCAGGGAACGUCGGCAUUGCCCUGCCCACUCUCGACGAACAUUCCCCAUACUCGAUCUUGGACUACUUUGGCGAGCCAGAAUGCACUAUCGUCCUCCCGACCGCUCCUCAGGCGAACCCCGAGGCACUCCCGCCGUAUCUGGUCGCCCCGAUUUUGGUCAUUGACUUCCUGGCAAGCAAGGAUCCCGCGUUCGCGGACACGCCCCUCUGCGCGGUGAUUAUGGAUUUGGGAAAUGCGAUCGCAGUCGACGAGGAGACGCGCCCGUCGUGUACAGCGGCUGCGGUAUGUGCGCCGGAGCUCAUGUUCGAACGUGUCGUCCGGUCGGUCCACCCCUCGCCCACGCGAGCGAGCGAUAUCUGGUCGUUUGCAUGUACGAUGUACGAAUUGGUCUUUGGACUUCCGCUGUUCUACCUCGCAUUUCCGAAUGAUGAGCUGUUGCGUGAGAUGGCGACGCUGUGCGGUGAGGUGCUGUCGGGAUGGAAGAGCUAUUGGGAGUCGCGGGAGCGGCUCAGGAGUACGCAUAUCUCGCGCGAGGCUGCUGAUGCUGAUUGGGCACGCCAGCUAGAAGAUUUCACGAAAGGACCCGGGGAGACGCACACGCGAGCAGAAAUUGAGGAAUUCUUCGCGCUCCUUCGCUCCAUGCUCAAGAUCGAGUCGGAGCGUCGAGUGAGCGCGGAGGAAGUGCUACAACAUCCGUGGUUUGCGCGUGCAAACGAUGCGUCAGGAUGA